AUGCACACAUCUACUGCUCUGGUCCCAUUGCUGGCCCAGGUGGCCCUGAGCGCUACAACUCGAUUCGUUCCAAGGGCAUACAAUAUCUCAUUUGCUCCUGAUCAAAGUCGAUGGCCAAGCGGACUCCACCUCGCUGUCGACUACUAUCCUUCGCAAUGGCCGGAUUACAUGUGGGAGUCAGAUAUGGCCGCCAUGAGAGAUACCAACAUCAGCUACGUCCGUGUCAGCGAGUUUGAUUGGGAAGUCCUGGAGCCUUCGGAGGGUGUCUACAACUGGACUUUGCUGGACACGACCCUGGACUUGUUAGGCAAAUACGGCCUCAAGGCUAUCGUGGGCACUCCCACUGCAGCUCCUCCCAACUGGUUGACCGAGAAGUACGAUGUCAACUUUGUGGAUCGCACAAACCAGACCCUCAUCUUUGGUUCUCGGAGACAUUACAGCUUCUCUUCGUUUGACUACAGGAAGCUGAGUCAAGGCAUCACACAAAAGCUCGCUGAAAGAUAUGGCAACAACUCGAACAUCGUCGCCUGGCAACUUGAUAAUGAAUUUGGCUGCCACGAUACAGUUCGCUCGUAUGAUCACAACGCUAUCAUAAGAUUCAGAACCUGGCUGAAGGAAAAAUACGGCACCAUCGAAAACAUGAACGAGGCUCAAGGUCGUGUCUUCUGGAGUUCUCAAUACGUCAGUUUCGAUACUGUUCAGCCUCCAUUCUUGAAUGUUUACAUGCCCAAUCAAGCCCAACUGCUAGACUGGUAUACAUUCAGCUCAGACAUGGUCAUCGAUUUCGCCAAAGAACAAACAGCCAUCAUUAGACAACAUGCUCCAAACCAUGCCAUAACCACCAACUUUAUGGUUCAGUUCACCGAUUUUGACCAUUUCAAAUUUAACCGCGAAGUUGGGCUUGAUUUUGCCACUUUCGACAACUAUCCUCUUGCUGGUGUGGUUGAAGGUGCUGAGUANCUGCGUACUGGACUGCCUGAUUUGCAAGCUUUGCAACACGCGCGUUACCGAGGCAUCGCUGGCUCUGCUUAUGGUACUAACAACGGACCGUUCGGUGUCAUGGAGAUGCAGCCUGGUGUACUGAACUGGAACACGUACCGUGUUUCUCCAUUGGAAGGUAUGGUGCGUCUCUGGACGCUCGAGACAUUUGCUUCCAGAGGUGAUUUGGUGAACUAUUUCCGCUGGAGACAGGUGCCUUAUGCUCAGGAACAGACGCUUUCUGGACUCUUCGUGUCUGACAACACCCCUGACGAAGGAUUUGGUGAGACUCAGAUUGUGGCUUCGGAGGACCUGCCUGCACUCCGGGCAGCCAUGGAUGCAAAAGAGACACAAGCAAGCGUAGCUUUGAUCUUCGACUACACCUCUGUCUGGGUUUGGAACAUCGAGCCAUAUUCCGGAUCCUACUCGCCACACGAUUCAGGAUUUGAGAACAUCGGACUGGCCUACUUGGAUGUGAUUUCGUCCUUUUACACCUCCUUACGCCGCCUAGGGCUCGAUAUCGACAUCAUAUCUCCCGAGCAAGACUUGAGCAAGUACAAGAUGGUGGUUGUACCUAGUCUACCUAUCAUCCCUACUGCCUUCAAUACCGCACUCGCAAGCUACAAUGGCACCGUGAUUUUUGGUCCACACACUGGCUCUCGAACCCCCGAGUUUGCUUACCCACCAGGCCUUAACCCUUCAGCUGGUACACUCCGCGACAAAGUACCCAUGAAGGUGACAAGAGUAGAAACACCACCUUCUUAUGCCAACAGUGGCGUCUCCUACGGAGGAACCACCUACAAUAUUUCUUUGUGGGAGGAAACCAUCGUUUGCAGCAGAGAUAACAAGACUAGUAACGUUACCAUUACUUCUACUUCUCAGCAUAGAAAGGGUAAACCUGCUGCUUGCGCGAAGAACGACUUCCACUACUUGGCCUUCAACCCGCCAGUCGAUCUGCUUGUCGCUUAUAUCGGCGAUGCGGCGAAAGCUGCGGGUGUCAAAGAUGUGUUUGGCAGGAUUGCAAGCAAGGAGAACGAUCUAGGAGAUAAUCUGAGAGUGCUUGAGCGAGGUGGACUGGUGUGGGCGUUCAACUAUGGAGCUGACGAUGUACAAGCUCCGAAGCUCAAUGGGACAGUAGUGUUGGGAGGAAACAGCACAGAUAUCGAGGGAGCAGGUGUACGAGUGUGGAAGAUGUGA